AAAAAAGCUAAUAGGGGCUCAAAAAGGAUGGAUGUCUUCUGUGUUUGAAGGAGCAGGAAAGAGAGAGUAACAUUUGACCCCAAAAUAACAGAGGUAAGGGAAGUGCCAUUAUGAUUAUUUAUCAGCGUGAGAACCACCCAUGAUUGUAGGACCUACCAUAUGAUAGCUGUUGGUGACAAAUCUCAUAAUGCGGGUAAGGUUAAAGUUAAAUCUGCCUUGGAAUAUGAAACUUGGGAUGAUUGAGAAGACCGUUGGACCCGAUGAUUUUAGACUAUUUUGGAUCUCUUUUCUUCUUUGGUGGAUGUUGGUUUUUCUUUUUUUUCUUUCGUUGUGUCAUCGUAAGUGGGUUGCUGCAGUUGGGUGGGGGACAACAAAGAGGUACCGAAUUAGGUGGUCAUGCACUAUUAAUGUCAUGCACUCGUAAUUUGUGGUGUUUUACUGGUAAUUGUGGAUCAUUUUUAUUUAAUCCCAGAAAUAAUUGUGCUUUUAGUUUAGGUGUCUUGGAGUACAUGGCUUGAUACCCGAGGCUGUAGGCAAGUCAUGGUAGCUUUUCAUAUU